AUGUCCACCGAGGUGAUCCCCCACAACACCUUCGACACCAUCCUGGUGCUCGACAAUGGAUCUCAAUAUACCCACCUCAUCACCCGUCGUCUGCGUGAGAUCAAUGUCUACUCUGAGAUGCUGCCUUGCACCCAGAAGCUGGCCGACUUGACUUGGAAGCCCAAGGGUGUCAUCCUGUCCGGUGGGCCCUACUCCGUCUACGAGAAGGAUGCUCCUCACAUCGAUCCCGCCUUCUUCGAGCUCGGUGUCCCUAUUCUGGGAAUCUGCUACGGUCUGCAGGAGAUCGCUCACCGUUUGCACGCCGAUAACGUCGUCGCGGGAACCGCUCGUGAGUACGGUCACGCUGAUCUGCAGGCCACUCGCUUCGGUGGCCACGUCGACAAGCUCUUUGAGGGCCUUGAGGAUGCUAUGACCGUGUGGAUGUCUCACGGCGACAAGCUCUGCAAUCUGCCUGAGGGCUUCCACACCAUCGGUACCACCAAGAACUCCGAGUACGCCGCCAUUGCCCACCAGACCGAGCCCGUCUACGGCAUCCAGUUCCACCCCGAGGUUACCCACACUCCCCAGGGUGGCCAGCUCCUGAAGAACUUCGCCGUCGGUAUCUGUGGUGCUGCCCAGAACUGGACCAUGUCUGAGUUCAUUGGACAGGAGAUCAAGCGUAUCCGUGAUCUCGUCGGCCCCGAGGGCCAGGUGCUCGGUGCCGUCAGCGGUGGUGUCGACUCCACUGUUGCCGCUAAGCUGAUGACCGAAGCCAUUGGCGACCGCUUCCACGCCGUGCUUGUUGACAACGGCUGCAUGCGUCUCAAUGAGUGCGACAUUGUCAAGAAGGUCCUCCAGGACCAGCUCGGCAUCAACCUGACCGUUGUUGAUGCUAGCGAGGAGUUCCUGGCUGGUCUCAAGGGCGAGUCAGACCCUGAGAAGAAGCGCAAGUUCAUUGGUGGCAAGUUCAUCGAUGUCUUCGAGGCGGAGGCUAAGAAGAUCGAGGCCCAGAACAACGGCAAGGUCGAGUUCUUCCUGCAGGGAACCCUCUACCCUGACGUCAUUGAAAGUAUCUCAUUCAAGGGUCCUUCUCAGACCAUCAAGACCCACCACAACGUCGGCGGUAUUGCCGAGCGCCUAAUGGCCGGCCACGGCCUGAAGCUGAUCGAGCCUCUGCGUGAGCUCUUCAAGGACGAGGUCCGUGAGCUUGGUCGCCAGAUGAACAUCUCCGCCGAAUUGGUCGGACGCCACCCCUUCCCUGGCCCCGGUCUCGCCAUUCGUGUUCUCGGUGAGGUCACCAAGGAGAAGGUCGAGAUGGCUCGCAAGGCCGAUAACAUCUUCAUCUCCAUGAUCCGCGAAGCUGGCCUCUACGAUGACAUUGGCCAGGCCUACGCCGCCCUCGAUCCCUCCCGCGCCGUCGGUGUGAUGGGCGACAAGCGCGUCUACGCUAACAUCAUCCUCCUUCGCGCCAUCUCCACCCGUGACUUCAUGACCGCCACCCCCUACCCCUUCAGCUACGAAUUCCUGACCAAGGUCUCGACCCGCAUCGUCAACGAGGUGGACGGCGUUUGCCGUGUCUGCUACGACUUCACCAGCAAGCCCCCAGGUACCAUUGAGAUGGAGUAA